AACUCACACGACACAGACUGCAGAUCUUCAGAGAUGAUGCCACCUUACAUUCUGCUGCUAUUUUUGAGAAUCUGUCUGGUUCCAGCUGAAGAUAUAAUUCAAGAAAGUGGGAUCAAAAAAGCUCGAGUUGGUGAAAAUGUGACUCUGCAAUGCUCUUGUCAAGAUGACGCUAUAACUUUCUUCUUCUGGUACCAGCAAACAUUAGGAGGAAAGCCUCAAAUGAUAUCAAAUCGGAUGAUGCACAAACAAGAUGCAGAGAUCACCUCUGACUUCAUGAAAAGAUUUGAAGUUCAUGGAACAGGAAGAGAUAACAACCUUACAAUAACAAACCUCCAGCUAUCAGAUUCAGCCACAUAUUUCUGUGGGGUUUUACUAUUCAGUGCAGUUGAGUUUGGGGAUGGAGUUUUCCUUCAUGUACAGGCUUCUCUGACCCCCCUGCAGGCUGUUGUGAAGCAGCAAACUCAGAAACACUUUCAGGAUGGAGACCUCAUUGAUUUAAGCUGUACAAUAUACGCCCAACCAUGUGCAGAGGACCAGGACCAGAGCUUCUACUGGUUUAGACACAGUGCAUCUCAGCCUGCCAUUGUCUAUCCAAGUACUGGGCAAUGUGCAAAACUCUCUGACGAUUCAUCUGUGAAAAACUGCACUUUAAGUCUGAGAGUGGAGUCUGCGAGCUCCUCUGAUACCGGGACUUACUACUGCGCUCUGGCCUCCUGUGGGGAGAUCAUAUUUGGAAACGGAACAAGAGUGGAGAUUUCAGGAGGUUUAACCGGAUUCCACACUGUCUAUGUGUACUUCCUGAGCGCUUCACUGGUCAUUUCCAUUGUUGUUGUCCUCAUCUUGACUUUCAUCAUGUACAGAUUGAAAAAAAAUCUUUGUUCUGUCUGCAAAGGAGCUCCUCCUCUGAAUGAUACUGCGGGCCAAAAUGCAGAUAAUCUUCACUAUGCUGCCCUGAGUCUGAACAGAAACAGUGGACGUCAGCACCAUGAGGAGCAUCUAGAGAGUCAUUGUGUAUAUUCUAGAAUAAGGAGUAGGAAAGAAUAAAGGUGUUUCAUGCAAUCAAUUUUGCAAGAUAAAUGAAAAUAU